ACCAUGAACGGCUCAGGCAACACUCCACUCUGCUACGCCAACACCAGCACUCCGUACACGUAUGCUCCAGGACUGGGCAAAAUCUACUUCUCAGCUACCUUCAGCGCUUUGGGUCUCACCUCUAAUCUCAUUGCGUUCAUUGUCCUCAUCAAAUCCUGCCAACGGACCAAAAGCCGCUCACGCUCUUUCUUCCUGAUCUUCCUGGCUGGUCUUGUUGUUACCGACUUCAUGGGUCUUCUGGUCACCGGGUCAUUUGUGAUCUCCUUUUAUAUUACGCAUGUGGAUUGGCGCCAAUCUGACCCUACCUGCCAUUUCUGCAACUUUAUGGGUAUGUCAAUGGUCUUCUAUGGAUUAUGUCCUCUGCUGCUUGGUGCCGUCAUGGCAGUGGAGCGCUUCAUCGGCAUCAACUGUCCAUUUGCACGUUCCACCAACAUAACCAAAGGACGGACCGUCUCCAUGGUGCUGAUGGUAUGGCUUUUUGCUGGCUGCAUUUCGCUGUUGCCUCUGGCAGGCUUUGGUAGCUACCACAUUCAGACGCCUGGCUCCUGGUGUUUCCUCAACAUCAGCUCAGAGAGGCAUGACUGGGCCUUCAGCCUGCUCUUUUCUUUUGUUGGACUGAUUUGCAUCGCUGUGUCAUUUUUGCUCAACACCGUAAGCGUGGUGACUUUGAUUAAAGUGUGCUGUGGACCAGACAGGAAUCAGCGACGCAGAGACCAUGAAGUGGAAAUGAUGGUUCAGCUUCUCUUGAUUAUGAUCAUUGCUUCGGUGUGCUGGUGCCCCUUGCUGGUCUUCAUUGCCCAAACUGCCUUGUCUGGAAGCCCCGUGAAGGUCAAGUUCCUGAUCCUCUGGAUACGUUUUGCCACUUGGAACCAGAUUCUCGACCCAUGGGUCUACAUCCUGUUUCGCAGGUCAGUUCUGCAGAGAGUAAACCCACGCAUUGACUGGUCUCGAAGCUCCAUUUUGACUUCGUACGCGUCGUUCAGUGAGAACAUGCGCCGGUUCACACGCUCUUCACUCGGGAGCAACCUGGGCUCACAUGACACUGGAAAUCUGGAGAAAGCAAAUGUGGUGCCGCCGUCGACAGUACCGCCAUCCCCACAUUCUGCCUGA